AUGUUAUCAAGAAUUUAUUCAUCGAUUAUUCUUGGUAUUAAUAUAUUGAUUGGUCUUGUUUUACUUUGUUUUAAUGCUGAAUUUUAUCAUAAUCCAUCAUGGAUAAUAACAAUUGAACAAGAACAAAAAUAUUUAUUAAAUUGGAAUAUGGCAUUUGCAUUGAUUAUUAUUUUCUAUAAUCUUAUUUUACUUCUUCUAGUUGAUAGUUUAUUACUUUCAAAACGACCACAUCUCUUUUUUACAUAUGGACUUAUUUGUUCUGUUUGUCUAUUAGCAAUACAUCUAACGAAUACUAUUCUAUUUGUAUUUGUUUCAAAAAUCAAAGACGAAAAUAUCGAUGAAACAUCCAAUAACAUAGCACAAGUUCAAUCAACAUCUACAACUGUUUCAUCAACAUCAAGCAAUACACAAACAAAAAUGGAUGAUACAACUGAACAACAAUCGGAAUCUUCAAUGAAACGAGAGAAAUAA